AUGAAAGUAAUAGAUCCAAUAGUCGCAUAUUUGGAUCCCCAACAUUGGGGCGACAACGACCGUAUACGAGGACACGAUGUUGAGGAAAGUCGAAGCGUUGGUGAGCAGUUGCCACGGACAGGCCGUACAAGCCACGGCCAAGGCAAGCAAAGCACCUCGUCGAAUGUUGAGAUACUUUGGAACGAUACAAGCGAGAUCUAUGCCCGUGCUGAAGCAGUUCUCCAAAGAGUUCAGGACCAAUUGAGAAGCCAAAAGACCAAGACCGGCAAAGAAAGCGGCUGCUCGUGA